GGCCGGCGGCGGGGGCUGGACAUGGCGGCGGGGAGCGGCCCGCGGGAAGAUGAAUAAGGGCUGGUUGGAGCUGGAGAGCGACCCCGGUCUGUUCACCCUGUUGGUAGAAGAUUUUGGGGUUAAAGGGGUGCAAGUUGAGGAGAUCUAUGAUCUACAGAGCAAAUGCCAGGGUCCUGUUUAUGGGUUCAUUUUCCUCUUCAAAUGGAUUGAAGAACGCCGGUCUCGCCGGAAGGUUUCCACCCUGGUAGACGAGACAUCAGUGAUCGAUGAUGACAUUGUCAAUAAUAUGUUCUUUGCCCACCAGCUGAUCCCCAAUUCCUGUGCCACCCACGCCCUACUGAGCGUGCUUCUGAACUGCAGCAAUGUGGACUUGGGGCCCACGCUGAGCCGCAUGAAGGAUUUCACCAAGGGCUUCAGCCCAGAGAGUAAAGGCUAUGCCAUCGGCAAUGCCCCAGAGCUGGCCAAGGCCCAUAACAGCCAUGCCAGGCCAGAGCCUCGCCAUCUGCCGGAAAAGCAGAAUGGAAUCAGUGCUGUGCGGACCAUGGAGGCUUUCCAUUUUGUUAGCUAUGUUCCCAUCAAGGGACGGCUCUUUGAGCUGGAUGGCCUGAAGGUCUAUCCCAUAGACCAUGGGCCCUGGGCUGAGGAUGAGGAGUGGACAGACAAAGCCAGAAGAGUGAUCAUGGAGAGGAUUGGACUGGCCACAGCAGGGGAGCCAUACCAUGAUAUUCGCUUCAACCUGAUGGCAGUGGUGCCUGACCGGAGGAUGAAGUAUGAGUCUAAACUGCACAUCCUGAAGAUGAACAGGCAGACUGUCCUGGAGGCCUUGCAGCAGCUAAUCCGAGUGACCCAGCCGGAGCUGAUUCAAACCCAAAAGUCCCAGGAUUCUCAGCCUGCUGAGGAGGCCAAACCAGCAAGCAGCAAGACCUGUUUGGCACUGGAGACUGGCAGGGCACCACUAGCCCCAGAGAGCUCUCACCCAGACAGCACUGAUGAGUGCACGGCGCAGGGCCACGCCGCAUCCACCCAGAGCCCCCCCAACAAGUCCAAGCUAGUCGCAAAGCCUUCUGUGAGCAGCAUCAAUGGGGUGCCUCCACCGAACCCUAACCCCAUUGUGCAGAGACUGCCAGCCUUCCUGGACAACCACAACUAUGCCAAGUCACCCAUGCAGGAGGAAGAGGACCUUGCUGCAGGAGUGGGCCGAAACCGCAUCCCCAUCCGACAGCCCCAGCAGUACUCGGAUGAUGAGGAUGACUAUGAUGAUGAGGAGGAGGAGGAAGUCCGUAACACCAACUCUGCCAUGAGGUACAAGAGGAAGGGGCUGGUGAAGCAGGAUCAUGUCGGGGGGGCAGCAGAUGGCCAGCUGUCUGUCCUCCAGCCCAACACCAUAAACGUCUUGGCGGAGAAGCUCAAGGAGUCUCAAAAGGAUCUCUCCAUCCCCCUUUCCAUCAAGACUGGCAGUGGGGGUGCUGCUGUGGCUGUCGUCACUCAUUCCCAGCCCUCCCCCACACCCAGCAACGAGAGUACGGACACUGCCUCAGAGAUAGGGAGUGCCUUCAACUCACCACUGCGUUCUCCCAUCCGCUCAGCCAACCCCACCCGGCCCUCAAGCCCUGUCACCUCCCACAUCUCCAAGGUGCUCUUUGGGGAGGAGGACAGCCUGCUGCGCGUGGACUGCAUGCGUUACAAUCGGGCUGUGAGGGACCUGGGUCCCAUUAUCAGCACGGGCCUGCUGCACCUCACUGAGGACGGGGUGUUCUGCCCAUUGGCCAUCACAGACGGUGGAAAAGGUUCCCUGCCUUCUAUCAAACAGAGCGAUGAGGCCCACCCUGCUGUUAAACUAGAGGAGAAGGAAGCCAGUGAGCCCAGCGACAGCAAAGAGAAGGCUGGACUCAGCAGGCCAAGUGAUCAUGUUGGCGGGGAAAAGUAUUCUCCCAAAGAGCUGCUGGCACUGCUGAAGUGUGUGGAAGCAGAGAUUGCCAACUACGAGGCUUGUCUGAAGGAGGAGGUAGAGAAGAGGAAAAAAUUCAAGAUUGAUGACCAGAGAAGAACCCACAACUACGAUGAAUUCAUCUGCACCUUCAUCUCCAUGCUGGCUCAGGAAGGGAUGCUGGCCAGCCUUGUGGAGCAGAACAUCUCUGUGCGCAGACGGCAGGGAGUCAGCAUUGGGCGCCUCCACAAGCAAAGGAAACCAGACCGUCGGAAACGCUCCCGUCCUUACAAAGCCAAGCGCCAGUAGCAUCAUCCUUGGAGUUGGGGCUGUGAGCAGAACCCUAUGCCUGCCUUGCUUGCUUUGGCCAGUGUUGAGAUCCAGGCCCUCAAAUAUCAUGGUUCACCCUUGCCCAAGGAAGAGGGACCCGAUGCAAAUCCAUGGCUGGUACCUUCCUGAUUGCAUCCUUGUUGCUGCAUGUAGAGGCAGAGAUUGGACUUUCCUCCCAGCCAGGUGCCCUGAGUCUUGAACAAGCCAGAGGUACUCCUAGAGAGUGAGGUCCAGCAGCAGGGCAUAGACCCAGGGGGUACAGUCUGUAGUGUUGGCUGCCUAACUUUUGGGUCCACAGAAACACUCAGAUCUAUGUGGCAAGUGUGUCCCGGGCUGCUUUGCAUAACACUUGGCAGCAGGCAGUGGCUUUCUGGCCAAGGACUGAGCCAGAAAUCAACUGGGAGAGGAGUGACUUCCACUUCACUGACUUCCAGCCUAUGAGGGGACAGGCAGCUGGAGUUGUCUUAACGAGGCCUCCAGUUCCCCAGCAAUGCUAGCGUGUGUCCGUGCUGGCCACAGCUGGCUGUGGCUCGUGGUCUUAGGUGUCUGGGCCUUGAGCUCCGUGUCCCCCCCAGACAUUCAGAUAUCUAUUUUCUAUGUGGCAAAUGUUUAUUUUUGGUUCUGUCCUUGUUCCCAAGCCUAGCAGCUCCUUGGAGGCCUCACCGUGAGCACUGCUGCUCAGCCUUCCCUAUAUAGGACCAGGCAGCUGCCCUUACAUUAGUUGUGCCAAUAUGUACUCCUUCCAUGUUGGGCUGGGCUCUUCCAAGGUGGCCUUGUGAUGCAGAGCUAGUGCCCUUCCAUGGAGCGGGAGAUUCCUAGGGCCUGGCUCAGUCCCAUCUCCCCCCUUCCUACUGUGGUUGCCAUCCCCAGGUGAGUGCAGAGCAGGUUUCUCCAUGACGUGACCUCCAGUGCUCACUCUGCCCCUUUCUCACCAUGUGGCUCAGUACGGCUGUGCCUGCCUAGUUGUGGCUUUCCUGCACUGGUCUGAGCAGCUGUGUGACCUGUUGUAGGACUGCCUCAGGCAGGACAUAGUGGUCUCAGAGACUACUGCCCACUUCCUUUUCUGUAGAGGCCAGUGCUGCUGCUCAGGCUCCGUGAGGCUGGAGGGACAAGAAUGUGUUCAUAGCUUCAGGAGAUCCAAAUGAGACAUGAGGCACUUGGGUAGGGGCACAAGCCCACUCCCUUUGGGCUCAGCAGGUCUGUUUCCAAAGGACUAAGGCUCUAGGGAAGCUUUUGAAAGGGGCCUGGGAAGGAAUAGUCUGUUGCACUCACUGCAGGCCUGGACACAUUGUUUCUGUGUCUGUUCCCAGGGGGUAUGUGUAUUCCAGCAUAAGGGGUGGCUUUCCCCAGAAACUACAGCUGUGUGGCUGAGGAGAGGAGG